CCUGGAGGCCCUUCCUGUCCUUUCUCAGCCUUUGGAGGGAGGAAGGGCAGCAGAGGCCUGCAAAAGGAAGAGAUGAAAGCCCCUUAACUCAUUCUCUCUGAGGUAAGGGAGAGGGAAGGUUUGGGUUUCCCUCCUUCCUCUUUUUUCUUUGCCAGGAGGGCCUCCCAGCCCCCAGGCCUGAAAAAUCCCCUAAUCAUGAAGGUAUCAGUGGGUCUGGAAAACCCGCUCCUCCCGCUCAAAGCCACCUUUCUGGCCUGACACAGACCCUCAUCCGAUGCCGAGAGGAGAAUACCCAGAAGUCUGCACUGAAUCCCCUGCAUCUCCCCCACCCCAACACGCUCUGCAGACAAGGAGCCACUGUGGUGUCUCUGCUUAGGAUAAAUUACCCCAAAGUACGCUCUUCUCAGAAAACUCGGCAGUGCCGCUCACCACGUUCGCCUUGAACCGGGCAGCCGGGGACGACCUCUCCUCGGCGCGGGCAGCCCACUCAACCCUCCAGGGGGUGCCCUGCAGCCCAGGUGCCCCCACGACCCCCAAGCCUCACCCAGAAGAGCAUGUUGAAGAAGAAGAGCAGGUAUUUCACCAGCGGACUGACGAAGGAGAAGUCCUCCCCGUAGGCGGCCGGCGCCCCGGGUCUCCGGGCCAUGGUCCAGCCGCCGCCGCCCCCGGGGGCCUAUCUCCCCGCGGCGGCCGGCCCACCUGAGCGCUCCGCGCCCGGAGGCAUGAGCCGUGCCACGGCCGGAGCCCGAGCGGCGGGGGAACUGCGCUGCGGCGAGAGGUGCCCGCGCCGUGCCUCCGGGAGAAGCGCGGGCAGGGGAACGGCGCCGCUACUGGCGCCGCCGGGAGUCGCGGGAGCUGCCGCGGGCAGCGCGAGCGGCAGAGACUCCGCUGUGGCUGGAGGACUAGCCCGGCCCGCCGGGCUCCCAGGAAACCGGGCCCGCCCUCGACCUCCAUUGGCUCGUCUGCCGAAGCCUGAUUUCUCAUUAGUCGGUCUCUGAUGUCACUAAGUAUCCAACUGUCCCUCUUUUCCAAGAGGCGGGGGAGACACCUGUUCUGUGAGGCACAACUUGUUAAAGGGUCAGCGGUUCUACCUCCUCCCCCAAGAAGGAAAGCAUCCAGGCUGCAGCUACUCAAGGGGAAAAGGAUGAGGAGGAAUGCACACUGCAUCACGCACCCACGUCCUCUACCCACUUGCUGUGCACGGCUGAGGAAAGGAAAUUUGAUCAAUCAGUAACCAGGAUUAGAAAGCUCAAACGCUAGCAGAGGCCAAGGGAAACAAGCCAAAUCAGCUGGGCAAGAGCAAUGACCACGGCCUGAUUAAAGGGGCAGCUGCUUCCCUGCUCAGGGACAUGAUUCCAGGGUUGCCUGAUUUUGUGUUUUGCAUAGUCACCCUUGUUAUGAGCCUUGGCAUCAUCAGGAAAAAUUUUCCAAGACUGGGAAAAGGGCAAAAGAGAUUAUUGGGCAUCCUUUCAGUGGACUGUGUCCUUUCAGUGAACUGCAUCCUUCCAGUGGACCACAGGGUGUGGUCUCUUGUGGACUCUUCAGGGAUCAUCUGAUUCUCGUAGGAGUUAGCACCGUUGAUGGAUCUCGGGAUGGGGAGACUAUCCUGUAUUAUCCAGGUGGGCCUAGUAUAAUCCCCAGGGUCCUUAAAAGUGAAAGAAGGAGACAGGAGAGUCAGAGUCAAAGAAGAAGAUGUGACAAUGUAAUCAGAGAACCUGGGGUGCUGCAGAGUGAAAAAAACUCAACCAACCAUUACUGCCUUGAAGAUGAAGGAAGAGGACCAGAAACCAAAGAGUUGGGGUGGCCUCUAGAAGGUGGAGAAAGCAAAGAAACGGAUUCCCCCCAGAGCCUCCAGAAAGAACAUAGCUUUGCUGACACCUUGAUUUUAGCCAAGUGAAACCCAUUUUGGACUUCUGCCCUCCAACUGUAAGAUACUCCAACUAAACUGUUCAUGCAUGGGAGAUUUCAGACCAAUUGUUACAGAUCCGGCAAGAUGUGGAAUCAUGCUAUUUUGCUGCACAGACCAUGAAAAUGAAGAUUCAGACCUCAUUUUAUGAGCUCCCCACAGACUCUCAUGCCUCUUUACGGGACUCAUUACUAACCCAUAUCCAGAACUUGAAAGACUUGUCACCUGUCAUUGUAACUCAGCUGGCUUUAGCAAUAGCAGACCUUGCUCUACAGAUGCCUUCCUGGAAGGGAUGUGUACAAACAUUGGUAGAAAAAUAUAGCAAUGAUGUAACUUCUCUGCCUUUUCUGCUGGAGAUCCUUACAGUGUUACCUGAAGAAGUACAUAGUCGUUCCUUACGAAUUGGAGCUAACCGGCGUACAGAAAUUAUAGAAGAUUUGGCCUUCUAUUCUAGUACAGUGGUAUCUCUAUUGAUGACUUGUGUAGAAAAAGCAGGAACAGAAGAGAAAAUGCUUAUGAAGGUCUUUCGCUGUUUGGGAAGCUGGUUUAACUUAGGAGUUUUGGACAGUAACUUCAUGGCUAACAAUAAGUUACUAGCACUCCUUUUUGAGGUUUUGCAACAGGAUAAGACCUCAUCCAACCUACAUGAAGCUGCUUCAGACUGCGUAUGCUCAGCUCUGUACGCCAUUGAGAAUGUGGAAACCAACUUGCCAUUAGCCAUGCAACUUUUUCAAGGAGUCCUGACAUUGGAGACUGCCUAUCAUAUGGCUGUGGCACGUGAAGAUUUAGACAAAGUUCUGAAUUACUGCCGUAUUUUCACUGAACUGUGUGAAACUUUUCUUGAAAAAAUUGUUUGUACUCCAGGCCAAGGCCUUGGGGACCUACGAACUCUAGAACUGCUUCUUAUCUGUGCAGGACACCCUCAAUAUGAGGUAGUAGAAAUUUCCUUUAACUUUUGGUACCGACUAGGGGAGCAUUUAUACAAAACUAAUGAUGAAGUUAUUCAUGGCAUCUUCAAAGCUUACAUUCAAAGGCUGCUUCAUGCCUUGGCUCGCCACUGCCAGCUGGAACCAGACCAUGAGGGGGUUCCUGAGGAGACUGAUGACUUUGGGGAGUUUCGGAUGAGGGUGUCAGACCUGGUGAAGGACUUGAUUUUCUUGAUUGGGUCUAUGGAGUGUUUUGCUCAGUUAUAUUCUACUCUGAAAGAAGGCAACCCACCCUGGGAGGUGACAGAAGCGGUUCUCUUUAUCAUGGCUGCUAUAGCAAAGAGUGUUGAUCCGGAGAACAAUCCAACACUUGUGGAGGUCCUAGAAGGAGUUGUCCGUCUCCCAGAGACCGUACAUACAGCUGUGCGAUACACCAGCAUUGAAUUGGUUGGAGAGAUGAGCGAAGUGGUUGAUCGAAAUCCUCAGUUCCUUGACCCUGUGUUGGGCUAUUUGAUGAAAGGACUGUGUGAAAAACCUCUGGCUUCUGCUGCAGCCAAAGCCAUUCAUAACAUUUGCUCUGUCUGCCGAGACCACAUGGCUCAGCACUUUCAUGGACUCCUAGAGAUUGCCCGUUCCCUUGAUUCCUUCAUGUUGUCUCCAGAAGCUGCUGUGGGCUUGCUAAAAGGGACAGCACUUGUCCUAGCCAGAUUACCUUUGGAUAAGAUUACUGAAUGUCUUAGUGAACUAUGUUCUGUUCAGGUUAUGGCAUUGAAAAAGCUGUUGUCUCAGGAGCCCAGCAACGGCAUAUCCUCAGAUCCCACUGUGUUUUUAGAUCGCCUUGCAGUGAUAUUUAGGCACACCAAUCCCAUUGUGGAAAAUGGACAGACUCAUCCGUGCCAAAAAGUCAUACAGGAAAUAUGGCCAGUUUUAUCUGAGACUCUAAAUAAGCACCGGGCUGAUAAUCGGAUUGUAGAACGUUGUUGCAGGUGCCUCCGUUUUGCUGUUCGCUGUGUAGGCAAAGGAUCUGCAGCCCUGCUGCAGCCACUAGUCACACAGAUGGUGAAUGUUUACCAUGUACAUCAGCAUUCCUGUUUCCUGUACCUUGGUAGUAUCCUUGUGGAUGAGUAUGGCAUGGAAGAGGGCUGUCGGCAGGGACUACUAGACAUGCUCCAGGCACUGUGCAUGCCCACCUUUCAGCUCUUAGAACAGCAGAAUGGGCUCCAGAAUCACCCUGACACUGUGGACGACCUAUUCAGGCUAGCCACCAGGUUUAUUCAGCGCAGCCCUGUUACCUUGCUGAGGAGCCAGGUUGUCAUCCCUAUCUUACAAUGGGCCAUUGCCUCUACUACCCUGGACCACCGGGAUGCCAACUGUAGUGUCAUGAGGUUCCUACGAGACCUCAUCCACACAGGGGUAGCCAAUGAUCAUGAAGAAGACUUUGAAUUACGGAAAGAACUGAUUGGACAGGUGAUGAACCAGCUUGGACAGCAGCUUGUAAGCCAGCUGCUUCACACGUGCUGCUUCUGUCUCCCCCCAUACACCCUACCAGAUGUGGCCGAAGUGCUCUGGGAGAUCAUGCAGGUUGACAGACCGACUUUUUGUCGAUGGUUAGAGAAUUCCUUGAAAGGUUUGCCAAAGGAGACAACCGUGGGAGCUGUCACAGUGACACACAAACAACUUACAGAUUUCCACAAACAAGUCACUAGUGCUGAGGAAUGUAAACAAGUUUGCUGGGCCUUGCGAGACUUCACCAGGUUGUUUCGAUAGCUCAUACUCCUGCACUGUGCCUGUCACCCAGGAAUGUCUUUUUUAAUUAGAAGACAGGAAGAAAACAAAAACCAGACUGUGUCCCACAAUCAGAAACCUCCAUUGUGGCAGAGGGGCCUUCACCGCCACCAGGGCCUCCCGCCAGACAGGGAGAGACUCCAGCCUUCCAAGGCCAUCCUGAGGAGUUCCUGUUUGGGGGUGUGAGGGAAAAUCAGCGCGGUUUAAAAAAGAUGGCUGCAGCCUGUGCAGCGUGGUGGGAGGUGAGCUGGUUUCCUGGUGAACUUGUUUCUAAAAGGAAAAAUAAUUUUAAAGAAAUAAAAAAGGAAAAAAAAAAAAAGGAAAACUAAACUGAAAUCAGAACUGAAACAUUCUCCUGGUAGCAAAUGACACGCACACAUACGUACCUACACACACACGCACGCACACACACACAUGCUAACACGCAUGUGUGCACACAGAAAAAUAAAAGUACAAAACUUUCUGUGAAACAAAAACGUUUACUUAGGGAAGAUGGGAAUUCAAAUGAAUUAAAUAACUGCAAUUGGAAAGAAAGGGUCAGGAUCAUCUCUUAAGGUUUUCUGCUGUUUUGUCCUUUCCUUCUCUCCCACCCUCUCUUCUUUCCCUUUCCCUCUCCUCUUUUAAUGAAAGUGAGUAGAAAUUUUUCCUACUGUCCCAACUGUUUUCUUCUCACCUUUAGAGUUCUUCAGACAAGGAGAAAUAAGCAAGGAGCCUGUUCUGUUUUAUAUCAUGGUCACAUCAAUGAUACUAGGACCUGCCAGGGCCAAAAUUCAUGUAUAUCCCCAUCCUGACCCUAUUCAGUCUCUUAAGUCCACUUCCCACCUACAUUGGGUUGUCGUCAUCUUUGGAGAGAAGAGCCAAAAUUAGGGUGAAUGGGAUAUAAAUAUAUAUUCUAAGUUGUAGUUUUUUUAAGAUUUUUUUUCUUUUUUUUAAUUAAUUUUUCACCCAUAGACAUGAGAGAGGAAAACAGGGUGGGGGAAUGGAAGAAAGUGUUUACAGGGCUAACUGUAUUUUACUAAAAAAUGCAGAAAUUAUUUGACUUCAUGGGGAGUGAGGCAGAAGAGGGAGGCCCAAAGCAAGUCCUAAUAUUUUAAAGGAGUUGCAGCCCUGCACAGGCAUUAGAUAUUAGGGCACUGUUCUGUCUGGUGUUGUAGCCAUCACAAGAACAAAUCAACAGCAACCAAAAAAAAAAAAAACCAAUAAAUUUAAAAAAUUUAA